UAUUCAAAUGGGUAAUGUUCUAAAAAAUAAAUGAAUAUCUCAACCGUCUCCUCCUAUACACAGCAAACUCGUCGACCAGUCACGACCACCUCCGGCGAAAAUGGACGUGCGUGAAUCAAUCUCGACGCAAAACCAAGUCUCAAUGAGUUUCGCCAAACACGUGAUCACCACCGUCUCUCAAAACUCCAACGUCAUCUUCUCUCCGGCUUCAAUCAACGUCGUACUCAGUGUAAUCGCCGCUGGAUCCACCGGCGCUACCAAAGAUCAGAUCCUCUCUUUUCUCAAGUUCUCUUCCACUGAUCAGCUCAAUACUUUCUCUUCCGAUAUCGUCUCCGCUGUUCUCGCUGACGGUAGUGCUAACGGUGGUCCGAAGCUCUCGGUCGCUAAUGGCGCCUGGAUCGAUAAGUCUCUCUCGUUUAAGCCGUCGUUUAAGAAGCUUCUGGAAGAUUCUUACAGAGCUGCUUCGAAUCAAGCUGAUUUCCAAUCGAAGGCUGUGGAAGUGAUUGCUGAGGUGAAUUCAUGGGCUGAAAAGGAGACAAAUGGUCUCAUCACUGAGGUUCUUCCAGAAGGAUCAGCUGAUAGUAUGACCAAAUUGAUCUUCGCAAAUGCAUUGUACUUCAAGGGCACAUGGAAUGAGAAAUUCGAUGAGUCAUUAACAAAAGACGGUGACUUUCACCUUCUUGACGGUAAAAAAGUGACUGCACCAUUCAUGACCUGCAAGAAGAAACAGUACGUAAGUGCUUACGAUGGGUUCAAAGUAUUGGGACUUCCUUACUUACAAGGACAGGAUAGACGACAAUUCUCCAUGUACUUUUAUCUUCCCGAUUCCAACAACGGACUGUCUGAUCUGCUUGACAAAAUAGUUUCUGCUCCUGGGUUCUUAGACAGCCACAUUCCACGCAGACAAGUUAAAGUUGGUGAAUUCAAGAUUCCGAAGUUUAAAUUCUCUUUCGGGUUCGACGCUUCAGACGUUUUGAANGAAAGCAUUGAGAGAGGCUUAGCAUCUUGUGAUGCAUGUAUCGAAGUGAACGAAGAAGGAACAGAAGCUGCAGCGGCAUCAGCUGGAGUUAUAAAGCUAAGGUCUUUGGCUAUGAUGGAAGACGAGAUAGAUUUUGUGGCGGAUCAUCCGUUUCUGUUGGUGGUCACUGAGAACAUAACAGGAGUGAUUCUGUUCAUCGGCCAAGUUGUUGAUCCGUUGCAUUAA